UUUCCGUCGAAAUUCUAGGCGCGAGUUCAGCUGCAGCUUAUUUCCAUCACGAGUCUUCAUUCUGUGUGUUUAUCUCAUCACAGGGCGGAUGUGUUCUCUCAGUCUUUUCCCAUCACCCACGGCAGCUGGACACACACUGUACGAGCACAACAAUGAGCUGGUGCUGGGAGACCCCAUCAAACAGGAAUAUGAUCUGCCCAGUCCUCAGUUCAUCAGAGACAGUCUGAAGGGUCACAGUCGUCCAGACAGCAGCAGUAAAUCAGCAUUUCUGGAUCAUAGAGACACACUGUGGAUGAGGAGCGCUGGAGCUUGGCGUGAUUCAGGACUUUACGGUCUUCUAGAUGAAAUUACUGACAGUGCAGAAGAAGUGCCCAGAUGGUUAGCUGUGGGGUCGGGCUGUCUGCAGGCUCUACUACACUGGGUUUCUUCAUUUCAUGGCUCUCUCUUUCCACAUCUGACUUUGAGCGGUGAUGAGAUGGUGGCAGAGUUCUCACAGAUGCUGGACUGGUCUGACAGUGCUUUAAGAAGCUUCGCUUGGCACCCUCACACAGAUAAGUUUGCCGUGGCUUUACUGGAUGACUCGAUCAAGAUCUACAAAUCACGCAGUUCCACGGCGCCGACAUUAAAGCAUCGGUGUCAAAGGUCAGUGUGUGCACUGCAGUGGAAGCCUCUAUGCGGAUCUGCUCUUGCUGUUGCCUGUCAGACAUGUCUGCUCAUCUGGCACGUGGACCCCACCUCCCUCUCCACCAGGCCAUCGUCAGGCUGUGCACAGGUGUUGUCUCAUCCGGGUCACGCCCCCAUCACAUCCAUCGCCUGGUCCCCCACUGGCACCCUGCUUGUGUCAGCAUCCCCUGUUGAUACAGCCAUGAUGGUGUGGGAUGUGGCAGCAGAGAACUGUGUACCAUUGCAGCGGGUGGGUGGAGGGGGCAUCACAUAUCUGUCCUGGUCUCCAGACGGCAGUCGACUACUGGCAGCCACACCAUCUCCUCUAUUCAGGGUUUGGGAGACGCGGAUGUGGACAUGUGAGAGAUGGCCGUGUCUGACAGGCAGAUGUCAGUCGGGCUGCUGGAGUCCUGAUGGAAGCUGUCUGUUGUUCAGUAUUCAGGGAGAGAGACUCAUCUAUGCCCUCACAUUCUCUGACCUCACAGGAGGCCCUAAAACCGCAACAGUGGUGGCCGAUCUCUCUGAGACCACCUUCACUGGACCUGAUGGAGACAUCAUUGUUGGUGGAGAGGUGCGCUCGCUGUCAUGGGAUCCAAGAGGAGAAAGACUGGCCGUGCUGCUGAAAGAAAUGGAGUAA